UCAUGGAUUAUAAGGUCUCAGCCAUGUUCUACAUCUUCUUGAUUUUCAUGUCCAGUACGUCCCUACCUAUAGUUUUUGGCUGCAAAAACUGUCCACCGUGUAGCCCACCUUCCCACGGACCUUUUCCACCAAAAACUCCAACAUAUCCACCCUCCACCAAGCCACCGCAUCAUGGUGGAGGACCUAAGGUGUCGCCACCUAAGAAAAACCCGCCAAAAGUUCUACCACCUAUCUCUAGGCCACCAAUCGUUCACCCUCCACCAAUUACUAGACCACCUAUUGUUCUUCCGCCUAUCGUGAUGCCCCCUCCCAUUAUAGCGCCACCAGUGAUCACUCCUCCGGGGAUAGUCCCACCACCUUCUUCUUCCUAUCCACCAUACACACCCCCUGGUGGUGGUACUGGUGGCGGCAGUGGUGGAAAAGGUGGAGGUGGAAGCGGCGGUGGGAGUGGUGGAGGAGGAAAAGGAGGAGGUGGGGGUGGAAGUGGUGGAGGAGGAAAAGGAGGUGGAGGUGGUGGAAGUGGUGGAGGAGGAAAAGGAGGUGGAGGUGGUGGAAGUGGUGGUGGAGGUGGAGGUGGCGGUGGAGGAGGAGGAGGAGGUGGUGGUGGAGGUGUAAUGCCAACAUGUCCAAUAAAUGCUCUGAAACUAGGGGCAUGUGUGGAUCUACUAGGAGGAUUGGUCCAUAUAGGAUUAGGGAAUCCAGUGGAAAAUGUGUGUUGCCCAGUACUUAGAGGGUUGCUAGAGUUAGAAGCAGCUGUGUGUCUCUGCACUACCAUAAGGCUUAGGCUUCUUAACCUGAACAUAUUCAUUCCUCUUGCUCUUCAAGUCUUAGUAACUUGCGGGAUGACCCCUCCACCUGGUUUUGUGUGUCCUCCUCUUUUUUAAAUCCUAAUAGAAAGAGCAAAAAGAACAAUAAGGGUUGCAAUAUUGAAGGCAUUGUAUCGUAGUAGCAGGCUAGCUAGAUCUCAUGCAUGGAUGAUGAUGAGUUACCUAGUAAGUUGUUGCUUAUGUGUGUAAUUUUCGUGACUUAUGAAUUUUCUAUGGUGCAUUACUCGAUGCAUUUAUUUGCCUA